AUGGUCUGUACUGGAGCUCACUGUGCAUGCAAGCACUCCCCGGGGGACGGUUUCCGGCGGGUCAGUCUCCGGCGGGAUGGUCUGGCGGACACUGCGUCUGCCCCUCAGCGUUGUCAGCGGGACGGUCUGGCUGGCACUGCGUCUGCCCCUCAGCGUUGUCGGCGGGACGGUCUGGCUCUGCGUCUGCCCCUCAGCGUUGUCGGUGGGACGGUCUGGCUGGCUCUGCGUCUGCCCCUCAGCGUUGUCGGCGGGACGGUCUGGCUGGCUCUGCGUCUGCCCCUCAGCGUUGUCGGCGGGACGGUCUGGCGGGCUCUGCGUCUGCCCCUCAGCCUUGUUCUCCUGCUGCCCACGCCCCAGCCCGUGGCCUCUUGCACUCAGGCUCAGUGGAAAGCCACGUGGUGGCAGGGCAUGAGCUCCAGGGCUUCCCUAAAGCUUGAGAACACAGGUCUUGGCCCCUGGCAUGGCGGCCCCGCCCAGUCCAGAGGCCCCCCACCAACCCUAUGGGCCCCAGGUUUGCAGAGCAGCUGUCCACUAGAUGUCCUGUACCAGGGCCUGGCUCACGUCACUGCCUGCUGCCCUCUUCCUCAGGAAAUCGUCCUGGUGGUGUUCUUUGGAACGGAGUAUGUGGUCCGCCUCUGGUCUGCAGGCUGCCGCAGCAAGUAUGUGGGCAUCUGGGGCCGGCUGCGCUUUGCCCGGAAGCCCAUUUCCAUCAUCGACCUCAUCGUGGUCGUGGCCUCCAUGGUCGUCCUGUGUGUGGGCUCCAAAGGGCAGGUGUUCGCCACGUCAGCCAUCAGGGGCAUUCGCUUCCUGCAGAUCCUGCGGAUGCUGCACGUGGACCGCCAGGGGGGCACCUGGAGGCUGCUGGGCUCCGUGGUCUUCAUCCACCGCCAGGAGCUGAUCACCACCUUGUACAUCGGCUUCCUGGGCCUCAUCUUCUCCUCUUACUUCGUGUACCUGGCUGAGAAGGACGCCGUGAACGAGUCGGGCCGGGUCGAGUUCGGCAGCUACGCAGACGCGCUGUGGUGGGGGGUGGUGACAGUUACCACCAUCGGCUACGGGGACAAGGUGCCCCAGACGUGGGUGGGGAAGACCAUCGCCUCCUGCUUCUCUGUCUUCGCCAUCUCCUUCUUUGCCCUCCCGGCGGGCAUCCUGGGCUCUGGCUUUGCCCUGAAGGUCCAGCAGAAGCAGCGGCAGAAGCAUUUCAACCGGCAGAUCCCGGCCGCUGCCUCGCUCAUUCAGACAGCGUGGAGGUGCUACGCUGCGGAGAACCCCGACUCCUCCACCUGGAAGAUCUAUGUCCGGAAGCCCGCCCGGAGCCAUGCGCUGCUCUCCCCAAGCCCCAAGCCCAAGAAAUCCGUCACGGUAAAGAAAAAAAAGUUCAAACUGGACAAAGAUAAUGGGGUGAGCCUGGGGGAGAAGACGCUCACCGUCCCCCACAUCACGUGUGACCCCCCGGAGGACAGCUAUGAAAGCUCUGUGAGGAAGAGCCCCACACUGCUGGAAGUCAGCCCAGCCCACUUCCUGAGAACCAACAGUUUUGCUGAGGACCUGGAUCUGGAAGGGGAGACCCUGCUAGCGCCCAUCACCCAUGUGUCACAGCUGCGCGAGCACCACCGAACCACUAUCAAAGUCAUCCGGCGCAUGCAGUACUUCGUGGCCAAGAAGAGAUUCCAGCAAGCACGGAAGCCCUACGAUGUACGGGACGUCAUCGAGCAGUACUCUCAGGGCCACCUGAACCUCAUGGUGCGCAUCAAGGAGAUGCAGAGAAGGCUGGACCAGUCCAUCGGGAAGCCCUCUCUGUUCAUCCCCAUCUCAGAGAAAAGCAAAGACCGAGGCAGCAACACCAUCGGCGCCCGCCUGCACCGGAUGGAAGACAAGGUGACACAGCUGGACCAGAGGCUGGUGCUCAUCACAGACAUGCUCCACCGACUGCUCUCCUCGCACCAAGCCCCCCCGGCCCGCAGCAGCCCGGCCCACGGCGAGGACGGCUCCAUCCGCCCUGAGCUCUUCCUGCCCAGCAACGCCCUGCCCACCUAUGAACAGCUGACCGUGCCCCCCAGAAGCCCCGACCCCAGCUCCUGAGGAGGCAGGGCUCUGGGAGGGGAGCCCCUCUCCACGGGGCCGGCACCUGGCGCCUCAGCCCCGGGGGGUCACACUGGUGCCCAGCUGAGCCCCGCGGGGGCCCCCUUAGGCCCAUUCUCGACCUGGGCUGGGUGUGCGCCGCCGCUCGGGUGACGCAUCCCAAACGGUGGCAGGGGCAAUGGUCAGCUGGCCUGGCCAGGUGACCCUGAGGGAAGACACUGACUUCCUGAGGAGAGACCACGGAAAGGCCCAGAAGGGGCCAUGGGGCUUAUCCUAGCCUCCAGUCUAAGUUGGACAGAGAAUGGGCAGCGCAGAGCGGGGCGGAGCCAGCCCCGGGCCCUGUCGGGAGGGUCUGCCUCCCUCCUUCCCACAGAUGAGGACGCCAGGGCAGGGGGCUGCGGGCACCCAGCUUCCGGGGCGCCCCCCGGACAGGAUGCCUGUCCCACCCCUCUGCCCCACUCAGGACA